CUCUUUUGUCACCCUGGGCAACCAAACAGUCCACAACUGACGAGCAGUUGCUUUUAGUGAUACAGGAGUUCAAUAUAUGGCUUAAACCACCGAUGUCACUUUAUCCUCAGUGAACCUGUUGAUCCAAAGAAGAAGGAUGGCUCCUAAGGCAAAGAAAAGAUCACCAAGUAAAGGAAGAGGGAAAGGGAAAGGGAAAGGGAAAGGAAAAGGCAAAGCCAGUCGGCCUUCUACAGGUUUAGGUCACCCUGAGGAUAUCUUCCCCCUGGUCCUGACGUCGGCCACUCAGGAGCUCUUCAACUGCCGUAUUGAUGAAGACGUCACAGAGAAGAGCCCUUUCAAACUGCUCAAGAAAGACGACAUCAUAGACGACAUGAAGAGAAGAGCUGCAGUUUCUGAUUUCAGCCCAGUGAAACAAACAGUGCUUGCAUACCCAGAGGAAGAGAUGUUGUUGGUUUUUGAUUCAAACCUCACUUACGGCCAGUUCUUCUACUUGGUUCUGACACCAGAAAGCAAGGAUCGAAUACUGAAAGUGAGCAUGCAGUUUUUUUUAUGUUCAUUACUUUCACAAAACAUGUUCAGUUUGCCAUUCUAUAACAAAAAUAUUUCAUAUGUUUGGUGCAUUAUGUAAUUUAGCAUAAAACUCUUAAGAGCUUCAACUUUAGUUUCCAAAACUUUGUCACUCAAAAUCUGCUACUACAGUACGAGUUAAUGGAUUUUAUAAAACAUUUAUUUUCAACUCCAUAACCCAGUC